UUUUGUAAAAAAAUAAUUUAGACAUAAUGAAUGAAGAGAAAAAACCUUUAGGGGGUACAGCCAUCAAACCUGUGGGAUGGGAUAGGAGUGGUCUGGAAAAAUUCCAAUAUUUUCUGUAUGAUCCGGACACAGGAGCAUUCCUCUCACGAACUCCUUCCUCCUGGGUCAAGAUUAUUCUAUUCUACUCUAUUUACUACUCUUUGUUGACUAUAUUCUGGGUGUCCUGUCUCCAAAUUUUCUUCAUGACUCUACCGAAUGAUACUCCUAAAUGGACUCUGGAUGAAUCAAUAAUAGGUUCUAAUCCGGGUCUUGGUUUGAGACCAAGAAUGCAAGACUCUAGAAUAGACAGUAGUAUGUACGCUCUAGCCGCAGGUUCCAAGGAUACAGUUCCAACAAAUCCAGAAGGAGAAGGAAGCAAGAAUAUUGACUACGCUGUGAGAAUGAAGCAUUUUUUGGGUGUGUAUCAGAACCAAACUGGACUUGAUAACUGUUCCUCGGAUGCAAACCAAGUUAGGGUUGAGGGAGAGAGAAACUGUAUAUUCGAUAUAUCCGUCCUAGCAGAGUGUGGAGAGUAUCCCUACGGUUAUCUUGUAAACCAACCUGAAACUAAUGUUGCUGAACCAUGCAUCCUUCUCAAAUUUAACAAGAUCUGGAACUGGAGUCCUAAACCUGUAGAUGAGAGUAAACUUGACAACCCAGAGUAUGACACUAUGUCGGAGAACCUGAAGACCCGGAUCCUGAAGUCUAUGGAUAAGAACUAUGUCUGGGUGGAUUGCGCAGGACGGAAUCCAGCGGACAGGGAAUCUGUGAGAAUAGAAUAUUUCCCACCAAACCAGGGAAUUCAUUUAAAAUAUUUCCCCUACAGAGGGAAUACAUACCAUACUCCUCUUGUUGCAAUUAAGUUGAGACAGGUCGGUGAACCUGUUUACUACGGUCAACUGAUCCAUCUGGAGUGCCGGGCCUGGUUUGACGGGGUUAUCCAUGAUACUAAGGAUAAACUUGGUCUCGUACAGUUCGAACUACAGCUCCAACCGAUGAAUUAAUAUCAGUGCAAAAUUAUGUUAAAGAAAAGUUUCAUGUGUCCCUCCAUGCAAAGAUGGCAAUGCUCGAUUCACACCGGUUCCAUAAAAACUUUGUCUGAUCGAGGAAGUUUCAAAUUUUGAUAACUGAUUAUUUUCAAAUUUGGUUAUUUACUGUGAGAAAACAAAGGAAUAAUCAGAAUUAAAAUUUUCUAAACUAAUAUCUUCCACAUAUGUAAUUGAUCAGAUUUCAAAGAUACCAUUCUA